AUGGACCAGCAAGGAAAAUGCAACAAUUCAGAUAUACUAGAUUUUUCGACGCUGCAUUCGAACGAGGCCACGAAUUUAAUCAACAGCACCGAUGCUUGGCUGUUAAAUGAAAAGCCUGGGGCCUUUAUCUCAGAAGAAGAGCUGAAGAUUCGGAGUGAGGUCGAGAUGGAUAUAGAGAGAGACUUAGAGGAAGAAAUCAAAGAUGGAAUCUGCCAUCUUGCUCUGAGAUUGCACAGGCUUUAUCAACACCAAAAGGAAAGAAGAUCAACUUCUGCUGCUGGAGAUGAAAGAAAGAUGAAGAAAGCAUUUUGUGAGGUGAAUAUAAACAUAAAAAUGGAAGGAGGAACCAAGAUUGAAAUAAAAGAGACCAAGAAACCAGCACCUCCUGAUCAAAAGGGUAGUGGUCCUAAUUGGUCUGGUUCAAGAUCAGAAAAUUAUAUGCAACCAUUUGUGAAGAUGCAUAGAAAUUCCAAGAAGUUUGAUUGGGCCAAAACACUGAGGUCAAAUAUUGGCCCUGUAGCCUUCACAAAGAAACAAUGGCAGCCCACAUGA